GUUUGUGCAGCUGUCAAACUAUGAAUUACGAAAAGAGCUGCUUUUCAAACCGCAAUCGGAACUAAUAUAGCGCAUAAGAAGUAGUUGAAAAUAAACGAUUUUUACGCGCAUUUGGACCAGUUCGAUUUUAGUUUAUAGUGUGCAACAUCGAUCCUGCUUUGACACGAAUCUAGAAUAAAACGAUGAGUCUUUCGGAAUCCGCCGCUUUAGCGGACUCGUUGGAGUUUGCCGGUACCAUGCUUGAGCGACACGACAUUGCGGAUUGCUCAAGUCCCGGGCUUUUGGAGCUUAACCUCUACGAAAAGUGAGCAUAAGAGCUCUGAUAUGUGUACGUGAUUCCAGGUAACAGGAGUAAAACAAUCAGGGAUUGCAACUGCCAGCGGACUGAAUGAUUAUGACUACCAAAACUUAUCAAGCCUGUCGCUGGGACUAAAAAAUUUGAAUCAGCUAUCAACUGUGAACAAAAUUCCUAUUCCUCCGGAGAUUAUGGAACAUUUUAAGCAUAUAAAAUGUCACUGUAUGAUGGGGCUUUUUCCAGAAAUUGGUCGUGCCUGGUUGUCAAUCGAUUCCGAUAUCUAUAUUUGGACCUACGAGCAGAGUCGAGAUGUGGCAUACUUCGAUGGUUUAUCGCAUCUGAUUGUGAGUGUUGGCUUGGUGGCCCCUAAACCUGGGGUGUUCAUUGCCGAUGUGAAGUAUCUUCUUGUGUUGACCACACCAGUGGAGAUAGUUAUUCUUGGCGUCACAUUUGGAGAUUCGAAGGCGUCGCCAAACCGCUCGAUCACGUCUUCCACCGAGGAAAUGCAGCUGCUGAACAAGCCAAUUUUCGUACUGAAUACGGAUAACGUUGCCGUCACUUGCGUCGAGGGAACAUCUGAUGGUAGGAUAUUUUUGGGCGGACGGGAUGGCUGCUUGUAUGAAAUCUACUACCAGGCGGAAUCGAACUGGUUUGGCAAACGAUACAAAAAGGUGAACCACUCGCAGGGAUUGAUGUCCCACUUGGUGCCCGGAAUAUUCAAAGUGUUCUCAGAAAAUGAUUCGAUUUCCAAGAUAACAAUCGAUAACUCUCGGAAAUUGCUGUAUGUGCUAACCGAAAAGGGUGCCAUCGAAGCGUGGGAUAUUGGAACGGAUUCCAACACUGUGAAACGACUCGCCAGGAUAUCACAGAAUGAUAUAGCGUCCAGUGCGGCAAAUAUUCAACGAACUAUUGAACCCUCGGUGUUUAGGCCUGUCACUGCCCUGUGCCCACUAUCAGCGGACGAUUCGUCACACUUACAUCUGAUAGCGAUAACCCAGACUGGCGUACGUUUCUAUUUUUCUACGACGCCUAUAUUAUUCGGUAUUCAACAACAGCAAAUGUUACAACAGCUACAGCAGCAACCCCAACAGCAAGCUGGCUUGGCUGGCAGCCUCGAACAACAGCGUCCGCAAGGGCUGUAUCUUCUCCAUGUUCGACUUCCACCUGGAUACACUCCAAACAACAACGUGGGCAAACCCAAACAAGUUCAUUCGGCAUUUUACAGCCAGGGUUCCCUGUUGAUGGUAUCAACGCCUCAGCCGGACCAGGACCUGUUAUGGUCUCUCAGUUCCGAACCUUUUCCUUCCCGACAAAAUUUGAUUGAGUCGUCGACUGUCAUGACAAUGGAUGGCCAGGUUUGGGCGGUAGCAGAAGUGAAACCUAAAGAUAAGAUCACCGUAGAAACUCCCCUGCGGGCGGCACAAGUCCCAAAAAAGGUUGCACUAUUGACAAACCAAGGGGUGCACAUUGUGUCGCUUCUCAAAUCAGUCGAUAUUCUUCAGCAGCUGCUACUAGCAUGUCACGGACCGCACAACGAAGCCGUUAAAGCUUACUUCCAGGUGCAAACGGAGCCACAAGCGUGCGCAACAAGUUUACUGCUGGCGUGUAUUGAAACUUUCAAAGGUACCGAACUGGGCGACUGGGCCGCUCAAGCCUUCAUCUUGUACGGCGGGGAGCCAUUCUUCGAUGUUGGCGCUUACAUGGGUGGCCAACCGGCGGCACCCAGACAAUUGAGUUUCAACUCUCCGGCUACUGGAUUUGUCGAAUCUCAACCAGGAGGUCCUCGACUGUUCAUGUCGACGCCAUUCUCCGCUUCGCGACCAGCAUCUUCGGUUCAGCAGAGCCUCAUACAACAAACCCAGUUUCCAGGUAACCAAAUGUCCACUCCACUCAAUCAGAGCUUCGGCAAUCUUCCCCUGUCUGCGGAUUCCGCACACUUCCAUUAUUCGGCAAAGCACGCCGGUCUGUAUCUGCACAUGUCGCGAUUGCUGCGUUCGAUUUGGCACAAGCGUUGCAUUGACGAUAAGCUUCAUACGACCAUCAGCCAGCAGGAUUGCGCACAAAUUUUGGAGGAUUUAUAUGCAAUAAAACGUUUCUUGGACUCGUUCGCACUCACAAAUCUAGCCGGACUUGUGGGGAAGAAUAUGUCUCACGCUGGCACCAUUGGUGGUCCCGGUGGAUAUCUACAGCAGCAGCAACAUCAUCACCACCAACAGCAACAACACCAAACGAUGUCCGGUGUGUCGUCUGGAAUUGGUCCUCAAAGCCCUUACGGACAUCAGCAAUCAUUUGCGAGCGGCCAUGGUACAUUCGGCGGGGCUUCGGUCCAGCAAAAGAACACCGCAGAAGAUGCGGCGACUGAAGAGAAAAAAUCAUUGGAUGCUUUAAUACGUUUGAUUAAGCACUCAUGCGAGGUGUUGGCACUGUGGAAAAUACUUUGCGAGCAUCAGUGCCAUCUGCUGGUGUCCAGAUUAACUAAGGAGCAGCAAGCCAUCCUUCAGUCCUGUACCUUCCGGGAUCUCAUCCUCACCCGCUCGGAUCUCUGUGGGCUGUUGAUCGUAACACUGAUAAAUUCCUACCUUAACGACAACGCCAGUGUCGGCUCGAUAUCAUCCAAACUUCGGGAAGUUUGCCCGAAUCUGUAUCGCCAUGAGGAUGCUGUAUCCCACAAGGCUUCGGAGAUUCUGCUUCUUUCCAAAACCUGCAACGAUCCGGAUGAGAAAGAUGAACGCUUGAAGACAGCCUUGCAACUGUGCAAAAGUGCCGCUCCGAAUCUUCCUUUGACCUCAAUAUGUCAACAGUUCACGAGCGCUGGUUUCUACACGGGAGUCAUCGAACUGUGUUCAAUUUGUGCUGCGAGGAGCGAUCCUAACGAGGCUGCAUUACAUUUCUAUCGCAACAACGAACCCGCCGAGGAUCAGGAAGGAUUCAUGGCAUUCCAGAAUCGGAUGAUAUGCUACAAGGAGAUUAAAUUGAUGCUGGAUCACGUCUACACAAAUGUUUGCAAAAACAAGGGUAGCAGCAUUUAUCCAUCACUGGAAAGCACUGAUCGGGAUAAGUUAGCGAAUAAUCAUUUAAUUUCAAUCAUCAGUUUAUCGCUACAAUGUCAGGAUCAGCUGCUGCACAUAGCAGUGUAUGAAUGGCUUCUAUCCCAUAACUUGCUGGGAGAACUUCUAGAGAUAAGCGAACCAUCGCUCGGUUCAUUCCUGGGCCGAGCUGUAAAUCGAACUCCCGAAAAUCUGGUGUUGGCUGAUUUGCUCUGGAAGUAUCACGAACGCAAUGGUCAACAUGCUGCCGCCUCCAAGAUUCUGGACAAGUUGGCAAACAUCCAUAGUGAAUCCAUAUCGUUGCAGCACCGAAUCGAAUACCUCGCUCGGGCAGUUAUGUGCAUGCGGAGCGACACUGUCGGCUAUUCGGCUCACAAUGGAGUGCUGCUCAAGGAUCUCGAAGACAAGCUUGAGGUUGCCCAAAUCCAGAAACAGGUUCUGGAUGCUAUGUCAAUUAUUCCCGAUAAAAACUACACCAGCCAGGCGAUCAAAUUGCUCAAUUCAACGCUAUACAAUCUAACUCAGCUGUACUCGGAUUUCGCCGAACGAUUCGAGCUGUGGGAAUGCAAGCUUACGAUACUGAACUGCUCCCAUCAUAACGAUCCGUUGCUGAUCGAAUCGGUUUGGACGCACAUUCUGGAUAAGGAACUUGAAAAACCGGACAGCAGUACGGAACGUUGUCGUCGGUUACUGUCUAAGGUUAAGAGUUUAGCGAUGGAAUAUGAAAGCUCGGGCCACUGCUUCCCAUUGGCAUUUAUCGUCCGUGAACUGGAGCUGAGAUGCUUUCGGUUGAAGCUGUUCGACUCACCCGUACCAGAAACGCUGAUCGAAAUGAAUUUGGAUGUUGAUGCGUUGUUGAACAUAUACUCAAGACUCAUUUCCAUGAACGAACGCGUCUGGGUAACGGAGGACGACGAGUUGUACCUGGUUCGGUCGACGGCCAAGUUGCUUUCGAUCAUUGCCUCCCAGCCGAACCUGGUUCCGCUGAAGGAUCGACGAAAAAUGAUUGCCAAAUCGCAGGAUCUCAUCUCUGCUUGUUUGAGCAUUUUGUACACCAAACCCGACGGCCAGGGACACGUUGACAGUCUCCGCGAAACGCAAUCGAAGUUAAAUCGGAUCCACUGCUAGCUGAUAUCGACAAACCUGUGACAUGCAGAUACAAUUGUAACUAUCAUUUAUAGUGUGUUAGCGUUAUUUCAUUGCCCUCUUGCUUUUUCCUUUUUAUGUUUUUGUUUAUGUGCGCAAUUUGUGUAAAUUGUGCUAUAAUUACACGAGAUAGGACAUUAUAGAUUUUUUUAAUCGUAUAUCUCAUGUAUGAAGAAUUCGGAAACUUAUAUAUUCACACAUGUA